AUGCCUCCGCAACUGCUACCGGCCUCGGCCGCCGCCUUCGCACCCCGGGCCUCCUCCGUCAACGUCGUGUUGGGCGCCAAAGUCGAGCCCUGGCUGACACAGACCCUGAAGCGCAUCAACAGGAUAAAGCGUCCCCUUAACAGCGUCCCGCAACACCAGCGAUGUCUGACCGAGACCCUGUCCAACACCAACGCCAUCUGGACCCUGUCUUCCCUGAUGCUGCCCAAGGCCCCCGAGUCGCAACUGCGCAAGGACGACAACCCUCUUGUGGAGGCCCUCUUCAACUAUGAACUCGUCCACAUCGAGGCUUACAUCGUUCACGUCGACAUGGUUUUGCGCAACGAGGUCGCUUACAAGCUGACGACGGACACGAUUGACGCCCUUGUCGAGUACCACAAGGAGAUUCACUGCGUCGACGCCAAGGCCAACGUCCACGACUGGUCCGAGAAGGAGCAGCAGUGCAAGAAGCUGCACGACGACUUUGUCCAGGCCAUCAACAAGUUUGUCUUUCGCACGCACGUGUCAGCCCUCGAGGGCCUCGAAGAGGAGGGUGCCGGCGAGCUCCUCAACGGAAAGAGCGACGAGGUCAAGACUAGCAUCAUGGGUCUCAUGAAGCCCAUGCUGCCGCCGCCGCCCAAGGUCGUCGACGUCUUCAGGCAACCUCCACUCCUGCCCAGCUCGCCCGCCCACCUCAGCAUGUGGUCGCAGCCCACCCAGCAGCCCGCCAUGCCUGCCCCCGUCGACAUGUGGCGGGUGCUGCCGUCGAGCCCGAGCGUCACGUCGACAUCCCAGGAGUCUGCGUCGCCCAUCUGGGCCAACAUGGGAAUGUCCGAGGUGCAACUGCCAUCGCCGACCCCGGCCUACAGCCAGCCCUACUCGUCUGCCGGUCUCUUCUACAGCUCAUCAGUCGUGACGGCGCCCAUCCCUGCCCUGCCGCUGCCCAGCAUGUUCGCGCCACAGUGCGGCGUCGGCAUGGGCUACGGCGGCUUCGGCUGGGACAGGUACCAGGAGUAUGCGACCAUGACCUGA